AUGAGUGUGACCGCCCUACCCUCACAGUCCUUUCCCCAGGCGCACAGACGGCGUCUCUACAUCCUUCUAGCCGUCGCUAUUGCCGCCCUACGAACAUCUCAACUCCCAGCAGCCACCGCUGUCCGCGACAUCCUAACUCUCAAGGCGUGGCGUGAUGCGCGAAAGCAUCGCUUCACAGAGCAGCGCCGCCGCGAGCGAGAGACUCCUCUCAACACGCCAGCGCUUGAGAAGAAGCUCGUCGACCUGUACAUCACCGACCCGUCGGGGUCGCGCACCCUCCUCGUGCCUCAUCGCGGCCGUAUUUCCAAAGUACGGAUCACUCCUACGCCCGCCGAUCUGUACGAGCAGAAUCGCAAGUUGUUCCCUCCACUCAAGCCGGGCGAGAAGCUCGGUGUCAACAAGCGCUUCUGGCAGAUGCUUCGGGCUGUUCUCACAGUGGCCUUCCCAAGCAAAACCGGCAAAGAAGCCUUCCUGCUUAUUUUACACACGUUUUUCCUUGUGGUGCGCACCUACUUGAGUGUGUUGGUCGCGCGCCUGGACGGCCGAAUCGUUCGAGACUUGGUGUCUGCGAAUGGCAAGGGCUUCCUACGCGGACUGGGAUGGUGGUUCGUUCUCGCCCUUCCGAGUACCUACACAAACUCGAUGAUCCGUUAUCUUGAGCACAAGAUCGCGUUAGCGUUCCGUACCAACCUGACCCGUUACAUCCAUGACAUCUACCUCAACCAGAACCUCAACUACUACAAGUUUGGCCUUGGGUUGGGUGUAACAUCAGGCGCACUCGACAAGGAGGAGGCUGCAGACGGCAAGAAGGGAGAGACUGACAAGAAGGCUGAGGCUGCAGACGCUGUUAUCGGUGGUGCAGACCAACUCAUAACCACCGACUUGGCGCGCUUCUGCGAGACCCUCGCUGCCCUCUACGGCAACAUGGGGAAGCCGUUCCUCGACAUGGUCAUCUUCACGUCGCAGCUCGCAGCAUCCCUUGGCCCCGUUGGCACCGCCGGCAUCUUUGCGCAGUACUACUUUACUGCUUGGGUCCUCAAGAAGGUUACUCCCGCCUUUGGUCGCAUGGCGACUACGGAGGCGCGCAUGGAGGGCGAAUACCGCACUGGGCUUGGGCGUGUCGGACGCGACAGCGAGGAAAUUGCCUUUUACGAUGGAGGGAAGCGUGAGCUGGGCAUCCUAUGGAGGACAUACCAGAAGUUGGCGGCGCACAUCCACACCGUUUUCAAGGCUCGCAUCCCCUACAGUAUGACGGAAGACUUUGUUAUCAAAUACUGCUGGUCUGCGCUUGGUUACGGCCUGAUGUCCAUUCCAGUCUUCUUCCCCGUCUCACGACACGCUACAGGCGUUCCAGACAAGGCGCGUGACGAGAACGACGACGUCGCGUCACGUACUGAGAGUUACGUUUCGAACCGCCGCCUGCUCAUUUCCCUCGGCGACGCUGGCGGCCGGCUUAUGUACUCGGGCAAGGACCUUGCCGAGCUCUCUGGCUACACUAGUCGCGUGUAUUCGCUCCUGGCCUCCUUACAUGCUCUGGAUAACAACGACUACCCGAAGAACCCUCGCCCAGCGUCUCUGCCCCUCAACAAGCCGUUCUACGACCUCGGUGACGUCAAGGGAUCCGUGGUCAUGGGCCGCGACCAUGUUGUUCUCAAAGGUGUCCCGAUCGUGGCGCCGGCUGGCGGUGCAGCCGGUGCGGAGCGCGGUGGUGAAGAGCUUAUUCACUGCCUCGAUCUCCGGGUGGAGAAGGGCGAGCAUACUUUGAUCACUGGUGCAAAUGGUUCCGGAAAGACCUCGAUCGCCCGUGUCAUUGGCGAGCUGUGGCCCACUUGGUCUGGCCUUCUUGAGCGACCCAACCAGGGCGAGGGCGGCAUCUUCUUCCUGCCGCAGAAGGCGUACCUCAGCAUCGGAAGCCUGCGCGACCAGGUCAUCUACCCCCAUACGUACGCCGAAAUGAAGGCACGAGGCCGGACCGACGCCGAGCUCAUGAGCAUUCUUGAACACGUCCAUCUUGCCUACCUCCCUGCCCGCGAGGGCGGGUGGGAAACACGCAAGGAGUGGAAAGACGUGCUCUCAGGCGGCGAGAAGCAGCGCAUGGGCAUGGCCCGCCUCUUCUACCACCGCCCCAACUAUGCCGUCCUCGACGAGUGCACGUCGGCCGUAUCGGCGGAUGUCGAAGGCCUCAUGUACGAGCAUGCCAAGUCCAUUGGCAUCACGCUCAUUACCAUCUCCACCCGUGCCUCUCUCCUCAAGUACCACAACCGCCAUCUACGUCUGGGCGAGCCAACUCUUGCCCCUUGCCUGUCGUCCGUCAAUCUGCGCGACGCAGUCGGCAGUCCCUCCAACGCGCUCGCCUCGCAAGGAUGGCAGCUUACCAAGCUGGCGUCGAGCACCGCUGAGGAGAAGCUGGGCGUGGACAAGGAGAUUGAGAGUCUCGAGCGUGUACUCAACGUUGAGGUUGAUCAGUGGGAGCAGCGCCUACAACAGGUCAACAAGGAGCUUCGUGGCGGCCCGUGA